AUGGACGGUGCCGAGCCUCUGCAUGAGGCUCGGGCCGAGCCUCCGCCACGAUUGGAUCAGCGAACGAAGCUCACGCUUGCGCUCGACGCAGCAGGGGAGCACGACGAGGACGGUAUGGGGGCUGAUGACGUGGACAGAGACAAACCAGUCGGAUUCCUUGGAAUUCCGGACGAGUUGAGGGCCAGUCGCGUGGAAGCAGCGUUUGCAGCAGCAAAUAUGAACGGGGAGCGGCGAGGCAGGGGGGUGUUUCGUGCGAGUGAGAGCAGUGGGAGCAGCACGGGCGGCGGGCGUGGCAAGCAGUGGGAGGGACGCGGGGCGGAUGGGGAGGAGCUGGACGAGGAUGCUUCGGAGCAGUUUCUGUUGGACAAGGAGGUUGUGCAAGCCAUGUACGACUCAGUGACACACAUGCAGUGGCUGACGGAGAACUUCAAGAACCUGCUGGCCUUCUCGCUCUACACGUGCCUCUACCUCACCGUGCUCUACCUGCAAGCCGACUCCUCGCGCAACUAUGAAGUCGCCACCUCACACAACAUCCUGCUGCCCCCGGGAGUGUCAGGUGCAGUGACCAACACGCUGAGUGGACCAGAGGACUUCUAUACCUGGCUCAACGACACCAUUCUCCAGGUGGUCUGGAAGGACCCUCCGUGUGGCAACGGGGUGUGCGAGCGCCCUUUGGAGUUCCAAGCCUUCGGCCGCUUUGGCUGUGAGGCGGACUGCGGCGUGCUGCCGUCCCUGCGCCCGCUCACGCUGCGCCUCUCCUCCUCCUUCGCCUCGCUUGAAUACGCCCAAGCCUCCUCCUGGAACCUCUGCCCCCAGGGCCUGCCCUCCCUGUGCUGGUACGAGGCGCCUCAGGUGUUUUCUCAGGUGGCGGCGGAGUGGGAACAGACGGUGUGGGUACCGGAGGGCGACUGGGAGGUGGUGCUCUCAGCGCCCUUUGGAGGGGUCACAGGCCUCGUCUACCCGGCUGCUCAAUCCUCUCAAUCUGCUGACCUGCCCAUCGACUCGCCUGGUUACUUUGGCUCGCCUGACUCCUCCUCCUCCUCCUCCUCCUCAUCCUCCUCCUCCUCCUCCUCCUCCUCCUCCUCCUCCUCCUCCUCCUCCUCCUCCUCCUCCUCCUCCUCCUCCUCCUCCUCCUCCUCCUCCUCCUCCCCUCAGCCCAUAGCCCAGUGGGGUGGCUGUCAGGAGGCCACCACCUCGCCUCUCACGCGCUGCCGAUCCGUGAGUCCCUCUCUCUCUGCUGUCUCCUUGUUGUCUCGUUGUCCCAGCGCCCAACUCCUGACUUGCCCCAACCCCUUCUUCCCCCCAACUCUCUCCCACCACCCUCCCAGGCACAUGCCAUGUUUUUUUCACGCGCUUUCAGAUUCGCCCCAAUUUCCUCUCACCAUCCCCGCAGGCAUGUGCCGUGCCGUGUUGGUUUUAACAUGCCUCAGAAAUCGCCCCAACUCCCUCCAAACCUCUCCCUUCAACCCUCUCCCACUGUCCCUCCUCCAGGCGUGUGCGGUGUUGGCACGCUGUGUGUUCGAGGCGUGCCCCGACCCGCUCUCGCCGCGUGUGCUAGCAGCCGUCUUUGUCGACUGCGCAGCCGCCUGCAACGACCCACCACACACGCCGCCCGUCCCCGCCCACAACCUCACGUGCACACAGGCCCUUGGAGCCUUGCCACCGGACUUCUCAACCUACCUCUGUGCAGGCGCCUCUGCUGCUGCUGCUGCUGCUGCUGCUGCUACAGCCGCCUCUGCUGAUACAGGCGCCAGAAGACUAGUCAAGGUGUGGACAAGGCGUUUGCCUGCUCGCCCUCCCAGCAUUCAUCUGCCCGUGCGGCGUGUGCCACCCAGCCGCCUCGUGCCACCCAUCUGCCUCGUGCCCUCCCCUGUGGCAUGCGUUGCUGACGACACCCUCUGGGAGGCCCUAGGCUCCUCUGACCAGCAGCGAAUCCAGAACUGCCACGUGGCAGUCGCCCGCACGCUCUACACAGCUGUCAAGGACAGCUGUCUGGUCUCCGCCGCCCCCUUCCAGCCACCCCUCCCCUCCGCCGCCCAAUCCUCUGCACCCGCCCUCCUCGCCACUGCCGCCCGGCUGCGCCUCGUGGCGUUUAUGUGCACGCUGAUGGGCGGCGAGCGGGCGGCGCAGCGCGUGCAGGGGUGCAAUUACACGCACCACGCGUCCGGGCGGCAGCUGGUGACGCUGCAGCAGCUCAGCACAGACGUGCCGUGGGCACAUGCCAACGGCGUGCCAACGCCCCUCUCCCACACCCAACAAGCGCGCUUCACAGCCAUGCUGCUCGCCGCACUCGAUUCCCUCCUCGCCCUCCCCCUCUCCCGCCUUGCCGCCCUCUCCCGCCUCCUCCACGCGCUCGACCCGGCGGUCGUGCUCCCCUCCCUGCCGCCCUGUGGGAACGCGGUGGGCCCCACUCUGCUGUGGGCGCCAGGGGUGGUGCUGAACACGACAGUGGUGGUGGGGGAGAAGGUCACGUGGCUGUGGGCGGAUGGACUGCCUCAUGCGCUCAAGUGUACGUGUCUUGUGCUGCUUGCCCUGGGUGCCAUGGGUGCUUGCUUGCCGGGGGUGUGGGGUUGUGAGGGACAGCCGGGGGUGGGGCUGAACACGACGGUGGUGGAGGGGGAGAGGGUCACGCUGUUGUGGGCCGAUGGGCUGCCUCAUGCGCUCACGUGGACUGCUGGGAGUGUGAGGACUUAUCUGUAUUCCCUUGAUCUGCCUUCUCCAUCAACCCUCAUUCCUCUCCUCUCUUCCUUCUUUUCCCUCGAACCACCAGUGACCGACCCAAGCGCGGCCCAGCCAGCCCCAUGGCACGGCUUUGGCACGGGGCAGCUGGUGGUGGCAGCAGGCACGGAGUGUGCGAGCGACAAUGUGGGCACGCUGCCUGCUGCUGCCGAUGACUCUGACCGCGCCACUGCUGCCGUGCACCUGCUGUGGGCCGCGCACGUCCCUCUCCCCUGCUCGCUCUGUAAGCCCUGCUCGCUCUCCCCUGCUCGCUCUGCCCUGCUCGCUCUACCCUGCUCGCUUUCCAUCCCUGGCGACCCUUCAGUCUUCUCAGUGUCAGCAGUGCUGCUGGCCCCCGGCACCUACCGCUACCACUGCACGCGCACCGGCCGCCUCAUGCCCGGCCUCCUCUCCGUGCUGCCUGCCCCUGCUGCCUCUGCCGCCACUUCCUCUUCUUCCCAAUCGCCCUCUACCGCCACUCUUCCUGCCGCUGCAGCAUCUGUGGGUGCAGCAGACUCAUCAGCUCUCACAGCAGCAGCUCCUGUCGCCCCUGCUCCAACUGCUCCCUCUGCUCCACCUACUGCUGCUGUCUCGCCAGCAGCGGCAGUGAUCUCAGCGCCCCUGGCAGUGCAGUGCGCACCAGGGUGUGCGCUGAGCAUGCUGGGCGACGGGCUGUGCCACAGCGCGUGCCACGUAGACGCGUGUGCGUUUGACGGGGGCGACUGUGCGUGCGCGCGGCCCCCUCGCUCCCUGCCUGCUGCUGUGACCUCUGCCCCCACCUCCUGCUCGUGUCCCCUGGGGCAGAUGCGCUCCAACCAGGGCUCGUGCUGCCUUAUGAAGGACGUUGGCCCCCGCCUCCGCUUCCCCUUCUCCGUCCCUGCCGCUGCUGCCGCCAGCACCAGCAGCAGUAUUACCCCUGACUCAUCCACCAACGCCACCGUCACGACCAACACUACCACACCCAGCAACACCACAGAAAUCGGCACAGCAGGCGGUGUGGCGACGUCGCCGCUGGGCGUACUGGUGGCGGAGAGGCAGCAGGUGGCGCAGGCGCGGUACGUGGCAGCGGAGCGCAACCGCCUCCUCAUCGGCCUCUUUCUGGAGCAGACCCGCGCUGACGGGGGACCCUGCAAGGCUUCCAGGUUCCUGAGCCUCUUCCCCUACUGCGCUAACAGCACCUCCCGGCAGCCAUUCGGGAUCAACCCGGCAUUCCUCCCCUCCUCCUCGCUCUACGACCCUGACGCUGCAGCCGCCCUCGCUUCCUCCACCAACCAGUCCGCGCCGCCCGUUGCCGGCCAAUCCGAAUCCUCAGUUUCGGGCGACAGCAGCAGCGCCGUCAGCCAAUCAGGAAGCGGAAGCACUGUAGCGCCUGUAAAUUCCACGGAGCUGCGGGCGUUUCAGAACCACAGUGUGCCGUACGGAUUUGCGCCCGUGCAGCCGGACAAGGGGGCGUUCCCCGUCCUAUUUGACGUGAAUCUGGACAGCGGGGCGGCUGCCGCCCGGCUGCAGUACCUCAUGGACGGCUUCUUUAUCGACAAUGCCACCCGCACCAUCACCGCCCAGAUGCUCACUUACAAUGGGGAGAGCCAUCUCUUUGUGCUCACUCGAGUGCGCUUCAUCUUCCAGGUGGGAGGGCAGAUAGCAGUGAAGUAUGAGAUCGAGCCGGUGAACGUGGAGGUGUUUCGCACAGAGGGCGACUGGGUGCAGCUGGGGGUGACGCUCGUGUAUGUCAUUGCUGUCAUGUGGAACCUGCUCGAGGAGGCCAGAGAGGCCUUCGGGCUCUGGCUUCAAACAGGCAAGAUGUGGUCAUACUUCCGGUCGCUCUGGAACUGGCUGGACGUGCUCUCCCUCACCAUCCAGUUCUCUGGCAUCAUCAUCUGGUUCAUCAUAUCGAUACAGCUGUCGGGGCCAUUCUCAGUGCAGGCGCGCUACAACAUCUAUGUCUCACUGGGCGACACGCCCUUCCCCUGGCAGGUUGUGUACCCCCAAACACAGUACCUAGCAGCAAUGAGUGUGUACAACCAGAUAGAGCACAUUGUCUCCUGGCGAUCCAUCUGUGUCGCGCUACAGGGCAUCAACGUCUUCCUCAUGACCCUGCGUCUCCUAAAGCUGAUGGACUUCCAGCCGCGCAUCUCCAUCCUCACGCGCACCAUGGCAGCAGCCCUCCCCUCCCUCGGCCACUUCCUGCUCCUCUGGGCCAUCGUCUUCGUCGGCCUCUCCGUCUACGCCUAUGCAGUCUUCGGCCGGACCCUGGAGCAGUUUAAUACGCUCGCCAUGUCGCUGGUUUCCUGUUUUCUGAUUCUGAUUAAUGAUAACUCCACGGGGUAUUAUUUUAUACAGCUGGAGGGGUGGCCGCUGGCGGCGGCGAUGGUGUUCUGGAUCGCGUUUGUGGGGGUGAUGGUGUUUGUGCUGCUCAACGUGCUCAUUGCCAUUGUGGUCGACGCAAUGAUGGAAGUGCAGAAAGAGUCGGAGGACUCGCCGUCCUUCUUCCUGGACAUGUGGCGUGUGUUCCGCAGCUACGCCAUCCGCUGCUCCUCGCGCUACUGGAAGCCGGGACGCCUGCAGAGGCACCUGCUUGCGCUGGGGGCAGAGGACGACAAUCAGAAGGUAUCGGGGUUUGCCCACUCCAUGCGGGUGAUCCGAGGCAGCUUCAGCGAUCUCGACAGCUGCUUCAGCUUCCCUAGAGCCUGCCCGCAACCGGACCUGAGCCGCCCGCGCCGGGUCUUCCGAGUCAACUCCCGAAGCUACACGGCCGAUAACCUAUCAAGGGUGCUUGAGCGCCGCCUGCAGCGCUGCCCUGCUAGUUCGUCCUCCCGCCGCUUCUCGUUGCUCAAGGGCGAUUCGGAGAAGACGGAGCAAGGGCCGGGCAUCAAGCCGGAGAGGAUGACGGAUAUAAUUCUGGCGCAGUUUGGGGAAGAGAUGGGGUCGGUGGUGCGCACUCCAGGGCAAGGCACCGACAGGGAUGAAGACCUCGAGGUCAUGAAGGAAGAGGUGUUUCGGAUCGAGAAAAGCACAACAGUGUCAGCUGAAGGGCUGGUGGAGCUUCAAGGGGAAGUGCAGAUGCAGCGCCGGGCUCUCCGCCACCUGCAGCGGCAGCUCACCAAUCGAGACCUCCGCUUGGAAGAGCAGACCGCGGAGUUGCAGCGCCAGCUGGCGCAACAGCAUCAGCUCCUGCUUCGUCUGGUCAACUCGAGGAGUUAA